AAUCCUCGCAUCUCCAACUAACAUGAAUAUCCUCCAGACAAUGCAAAAUCUGAUAAGAACUAGUUUCACUACUCCCAAAUCUAUCUACACUGGAAUCCAUUCCACCUUUGCUGAAGGACAUUUUUUUUCUAUAGAUGGUAUCCCUCUUGCUCACAUGCCCGUGAACUGGGCCCCAGACGAACCGAACAACGUAGAUGGUAACGAAAACUGCACCAUCCUCCAUCCCAACGGUACCCUGGCUGAUGUGAAUUGUGGUUACGUCCAUCCUUUUAUUUGCUUUAAAAAACGGACCGAUGAUAUGGCUGAGAUGAACGAGUGCGGUACCAUUGAUAGAGAAUACCAAUACAACAACGUCACAGGCAGUUGCUAUAAAUUCCACAUCAUUGCAAGAAAUUGGCAACGGGCAUUCAAGACAUGUUCAGCAGAAGGAGGGUAUCUGGCUAUCGUCAACAGUCCUGAAGAGGCUGAACUUUUCAAGACGAUGCAUCUGGAGAAUCUGCGGCGGACCACGACACAGAACGUCAAUAAUCGAAUUUCCUUCUUAGGUUUCAGAUUUUGGCAAGAACUUGGAGCUUGGGUGACCAUACAUGGGCAAACUCUAAAAGAAGCAGGUUACGACCACUGGGCAGGUGGUGAACCAAACAACGUAAAGAACGCAGAUAACCUAUACGAAGGAGAAUACUGUGGCUCCAUAGAUGCUGGUUGUAAGAAAGUCGGUCUGAACGACUUUUGGUGUAAAUAUGAAAAUCCUUUCAUAUGUGAAAAGCAGCCAGUUGUGGUAGAAUCUUCAUCUCAGUCAUCAUCUUCGACUUCAGGACCUACGACUGUGUCAUAUAUAGAUUUUAGUGUCGCAAAUACCAUAGUACCUCGUAAUUAUGACGAAUAUUAACUUGAAUAAUUUGUUUUUAUAAAAAAACCGAACUCAAAAAUUUGUGGACUUACAUCUAUUUUUAGACUAGUUUUAUUGAAAUCGGUUAACGGAAAGUGGGUGAAAUCGAAUAAGCCGUAUUCAUCCCUUAAUUAACCACCCUUUAAAGUGAAUGAGAUCACUAUUGGGGCACCCUUUUUACAACAAAAAAGAAACAUCAAAAUCAGUCCACAAUAAUACAAAAAAAAUACCGUCGUAUGGAGAACCUCCUUCUGUUUUUGAAAUCGGUUAACGCUUACGAACAAUUUUCAAGUUUUUAGGCUUUCGUUGAAAACGAAGCGUACGUUUGUUUACGCAAAAUUGUGUUUUAUUUCCUAUGUUAAUGAUUUUGUUAAAUAUGUUUUUUAUGAUUAUCACCGUCAAAUAAAGGAACCUUCUAUAUAAUUCUAAUCUUCUUUAUAAUUCUA